ACACAAUGACGUGCUUCUAAUAUUUCCAUUUCAGGCCUUACAGGUCUGCACCACAGCAAUUUGGCAUUUUCUGUCGCAGCCUUGGUUACUGCUGGCGUCACACUGAUCACUGCUGGUGCAUCCUGUUUGGAUAGAAAGACAAGCAUGAACAAGGACAUAACAAAACGGCGCCAGUUUAUUCGAGAGAAGAUGCAGCAUUUGUUGAAGGCUGCCCCAGUGUUAUCGUUUAUCUUCUUUUCCAUUGCGUGCGCAUGUUGGAUGCUGAAUACAGUUUGCCUGGACAAGUCCCUAGUGGCUCCAAUCAUCACAAAUUCUAUUCCGUUUGUUGACGUAAUAGAACAGGCAGCAGGGCACUUGGGAAUCACUGGAAUUCUGUUUGCGUUUUUGAUUCUCCAUCUCGCAGUGAUACUUUCAAAUUGUUGCUUCAUCAGUGACAAACACAUAUUGAGUAAGAUCAUCGCGAACAAAGUUUGCCAAGGUAUUCUGAAUGUCAGCACAGUGUGUGGGCCAAGUAUCCUCAUCAGAGAAAUCAUGAAGCAAGCCGAUAGCGAUUGUGGUUCAACAACCAUUCUACAAUCAACAAUAAUUCCGACUGUGGUGAUGACAUUGAUUAAUCUUGUUGUUGUUGUGACCUUUUUACCUCUUACAAUAAGUAGCGAAUGGGUAAAACAACUGACUGGAACUCCUGCAAGUACCGGUUUCGGAGAUUCUGAUCAGCAUCAAUAUACUAAGGUGAAGGAAACACCCUCAAGUCCAGGAGCACAGCCAUCGCCGAACGAGUGACUUAAAUCUGGGAUAACUGCAAAAGAACACUUUAAACCUUGGUGCAUUACUACGAUCAACAUACUACCUGAAAUGUCGACUGUAAAUACUGAGAAAUUGAUUUGCUUGCGGCUCGUUGCAGGAAGGAAAUCUGUAUAUUUCCUUGGUCUGAUCUAAACAUGACUCCAGACUGAGUCUGGGCAAUGUGAUGUUAUCAUGUCAUCAAUAAAAUAAGCAUGGACUGCAGCGAAAGCCUAAAUUUCAAGGGCUCUAAGGAUAUUUUAAAUUGCUAAUUCUUGUUUGAACUUGUUUUAUACUUUUUUUGAUACUUUAUAUCUGUGCUUGUGUGUGUGCUUGCUGUUGGAACUUUUUCUCUGGGUCAAAUAGGUAAUAAAAUUCUUCAUUCUUUCACUCAGGAAGAGCUUAGA